AUGAGCACUCCUCCAUGGAAGGCCGGCGAAAACGCAGCAUCGGCCGCCUCCCGAGCGCCCGAGAAGCCCCCAAACCCCCAGUCCCCACCACCAUAUCAAGAUGCCGAGCCCGACUUUGAUGCGCGCGAUAGCGGCAAAGGAGCCGGGGGUAGCUUCGAUCUUGUAAAUGGGGACAUAGAACUAGGAAGUGUGCCUCUGCUACUAGCAGACCACUAUGAUUUCGAGGACACCGACUCGGAGUUCCAUUUUUCGGACGAGUCCAAUUCCCCGGACCAAUUUAGACACGAUCCGCCGUUUUCCUGCACGUUGUCUGGGUUCUCCGCUUGGCUGCGUGGCCCUACGCCGCCACAUGUUUAUCAUAUCAAUCCGUGGUUUCCGCGGUGGCAGGCUGCGCCGACUCGGUUGAUUGAUCGUUUUGUUCCACGCAUGGGAGCGAAAAUCGCUUUGCUGUUGCUGGGCUUAGUGUUUUGGAUUGCUGUCUUCUUCUCAUCCCUCAAGGCUUCUGUGGCUGAUCAGGAAGUCUUAGGGUAUGGACAGCCGGUCAAGUUAUCAUGUCACAGUCGCUUAUGGAGUAAUGCUACUGACUGCGGAAUCAAUGGUGAUCUCUGUCAACCCUUUGAUGAUCAAGCAUUUGCUUUUCGCUGUCCAGCAGGCUGUGCGCAGGCCAUACUACUAGAGCCCUACUAUGUCGGCGGCGAGGAGUAUAAUUAUCGUCCGCUAGUGGUUGGCGGUAAACCGUUUCGACUAGACGGUCGCAAUAGUGGGAUUUAUCGUGGUGAUUCGUCGAUUUGUGCCUCGGCGCUGCAUGCAGGAAUGAUUAGCGACGCGAAGGGAGGGUGUGGUAUUCUGCGUCGCCGGGGUGCGCGGGAUAAGUUUGAAUCCGUGGUGCAGAAUGGCAUUGAGAGCAUCGAGUACCUGUCGUAUUUCCCGAUGUCAUUUCUUCUCAGCAAGGAGGCUUCCUCGUCAGGAUUUAGCGCUGCGAAGCCGGUCGAGUGCUCCGAUAUUCGCUGGCCACUGUUCACCUUCACGGUUUUGACAACGAUGGUUUUUUCCAUGACCGUCACCUCCGCGCCGGUCUUCUACAGCGUCAUCUAUUUUAUAGUCUGGUUCCAGGUCGCGAUGGCUUCCGACCCCCCAACGUCAGGGUACUAUAAUCUCGUCUCCAUCGGUUUGGGCCGCUUCCUCCCUGGUGCAUUCGUCGGUUUCACCCUCUACUACUUCUGCGUGCGAAACACUCUUCAAAAUCUCGAUGCCCAUAUCGACAAGACCAUCCUCUGGCUAGGUGGGUGUUGGGUCGGCGCUCUGAACACUGAUACCUUUGACCGGAUCCCUAUCUCGCGUUUAACGCCACACGACAUCCAACAACAACCCGGCGCCGUGACGGCGCUCAUAAUCAUCGUCGGAUUCCUCAUCAUAGUCUUUUUCCUUCAAGCCCAUGCCUUCCGUCGUGAAGGACGUCUCUUGUCCAGACUGGGAUUAUACGGUUUCUUCGUCCUCCUCAUCCUCAUUCUCGUCGCCGUCCCGCAUAUGAACCUUCGCAUCCAUCAUUACAUUCUCGCUCUCUUCUUCCUCCCAGGAACAACCCCGCAAACUCGCCCAAGUCUCCUCUUCCAGGGCAUUCUAAUUGGCCUUUUUAUCAACGGCAUCGCCCGCUGGGGCUUUGAUUCUAUUCUCCAAACGCCUGCGGCCCUCCUUGAUGGUGGUAAACUCGGCACAGCACCCCCGGUCAUCAACGCGCCUACCAUGGUGGAUACGAAUAACCUCGUCUUCUCGUUCCCCAAAAUCCCGGCACACGUUGACGGGAUCAGCGUUCUCGUGAACGAUGUCCAAAGGUUCAACGAGAUGAAACCAAAGGAUAAUGCUGGAGUGCCUAAUUUCGCGUGGACGAGAGCUCGACCGAAUUUAGUCGAGUAUUUCCGGUUCGGAUAUGUCCAUAUUAAUGCACUUGGAGGUGUCUGGUAUGAAGAUUUUUCAGACCCUGCGAGUUGGAUGCCCGAUGGGAACUAUUCCCUCCCCGCAAUAGAGACAGAAUUAUAA